CUCCGCAGUAAAGUUUGUCGUACCAGUGGCGGAUGUUCAGUGGACCGGUAGUCCACAGUCUGUAGCUGACGUUCUACCGGCGUACUUGAGUUGCGAGUCACAGCUAUGGAUAUAAGAAGGAUUGUCCUGGCACUGCUGAGUGUCCUUGCUAUCUCCAGCUCCAGUCAACUACUUCCAGCGCUGGACCUCACCCUGCUGGAGUCUCCAGAGCCCGGGUGUGCCGCCGACUUCGCUGCCCUCAGGGGCGGUCUCGACACCGGCCAGAUCUGGGCCCAGACCAUGGUGGACGCUAGUGUGAAGUCUCCAGUUGGUCUCUUUUCGCAGACCGCUAUACAAUUCGGGGACUUUGACGAGUGUCUCAGUCUCCCCAGAGAUUCCCCAGUGUCGUCUCAGUUCUGCCUGGUCAACGUCUCCCCAGCUGGAAACUCCUCUCAGCUGUUGUGGAGCCUGACGCGAUGGGGAAUCUGUGUGCCUGCCUCAUGCUCGAACCCUGGACUCCAGAGCUCCUUGCAGACGUACAUGGACAAGCGGGAGGCUCGGGUCAGUGUAGAAGUGCUCCCAGCCGCCUGCACUACCAAGGAGACCGCCUCCAGCAGUCUUACGGUCGCUGACGGUGUCUUUAUUGCGAUGAUGGUUACUGCUGUCGUAGUCGUAAUUGCAGCUACCGUACACGACCUGACCACGAGGCUUGACUACGAUCGCGUGUCUCCUCCAAGUUCAAUAAGCCAAUGCCUCUCUGCCCGCCAAGGCUGGUACAGUCUCCUGCGUGCAGAUCAGCCUGUGCUAGGGGUUGACUUGAGUGCUCUAUACGGUCUUCAUUGCUUCGCAUUCUUCUUUGUCGUCAUGGGCCACCGUUUUGGCUCCCACUUCAUGCUCAUGCAUGUUACCAAUUACCGAAGUGUUGAGAAGAUGUUUGUCGACUCCUGGUUCUCGAUAUGGGCUGAUCACGUGGACCUGUUUGUUGACAUCUUCUUCUUUAUGUCGGCAUUCUUAGUAUCGAUCCUCUACUAUGCGCAGCUCCACAAACGUUACGUAAGCCCAUUGAAGGUUUACUUCUACAGACUUUGCAGGCUGGUGCCUACGUACGCAGUGGUAGUGUUCUUCUACGCCACCCUCCUGCGGCAACUAGGAAAUGGCCCUAUCUGGAACAUGUUCAUGGAUGUGGAGCAAGGGGCUUGCAGGCAGAAUUGGUGGGCCAACCUUCUCUUCAUCAACACUUACGUCAACACAGACAACAUGUGCCUUCUCCAGUCGUGGUACAUCUCAUGUGACUUCCAGCUCUUCGUGGUUGCGACUUUGCUCGUGUUCCUGCUGCAGAGACAGAAGCGCCUGGGUCUUUUUGUAAUAGCAGUUGUGUUCGUAGCAUCCACUCUCGCUGCCUUCUUUGGUACUUACCUCUACGAUCGGGCGCCUACUUUGCUCUUCUUCAAAGAUUUUUGGACUAAUCCACGGCACCACGACCUUUUCACCUCUGUGUACUCCCAAGGUCACUACCGCGGCACAUCCUACGUCAUGGGUCUACUAGCGGGCUGCUACGCUUAUGAACACAGGAACCAUCCGAUCAAUAAGCGGUGGACCUGGACACUCCAGCUGACAGGGUUUAUCUGUUGCUUGGUGGUUUACUGGAGUGGCUCACUGUUCCAUGACCGUUCCGAGGCCCACAGUCGACUCUUGGAUGCUCUGUACGCUGCGACCUUCCACUCUCUCUUCGGACUCGGUCUCGCACUCCUGAUCGUUGCGUGCACUGUGGGUCACACCAACUGGCUGACCCAGAUGUUUUCCUGGGAAGGGUUUAUUCCACUGAGCAAGCUCUCGUACUGCGUGUACUUGGUACAUAACAUCCCCCAGUUCCUGUGGGUUGCCUCCUCUCGCACCCCCGCUUACUUGAACAUCUUGGAGCUGGUAAGCUGGACCAUAGCUGACCUGGUCGUAAGUCUGGGUAUUUCUGUGAUCUUGUGUCUCGUGAUCGAGACCCCGGUCCGGUACCUGGUCAAAUACUUAGUCUCUGGCUCUCUGUCAACAACAAUACCUCUUACGGUCCAAGCACAAGAAAAGUACGAUACUCAAGACACAUGUGACUUAGAAAAGAGAUAGAUGUACAUGUUAAACUAAACAGAACAUUGGCCUGUUUCUUGUUUAAUUGUGUAUAAAUCUUUACUACGCUCAUGAACAGUUGUGUAGGAUAUAUUGACUUUGAAUUUAAUGUGUGGUCAUUAAACUCUAAACUAUCAUAAAUACUUGUAUGGGAACAUUUAUAAACUUAUUUUUUAUGUUUGUAAAGAAAAUAAUGGGGUAGACUAUAAUAAGCGGUCUACACUCGUUAUUCGAUUGGCUAGAGUAUCGAAUGGUUCAAUUGUUUUUAUCCAAAGGAAUAAUUCGAUACAAUUUAUUUAACUUAGCAUAUGAUUUUAACUUAUUAGUUAUAGUAAAUUUGUAAACAAUAAACAGCAAGAAGUAACUAAUAUUUCUAAACUUUGAAAAUGAGUAUGUGCAAGUUGUAAUAUUGUAAGCAGUACCGGUUUUAGCACUACUAACGCCCUGGGUGAGAUUUCUUCGGCACCCCCUAACUGCAAUCAAAUUACAUACGAAAAAAGGCAAUGGCGCCCCUUUACGUCCGGCGCCCCUGGGCGGUCGCCCAACCGCGCCCUUACCCUAACGCCGCUCCUGAUUGUAAGGUUUCUUUGAUAUCUAAGUCCAUACCAUAGUUGGUUUUGUUGUUUUGUAAUGUUAUUGUAAUUUUUUUAAUUGUAAUGUACGAGAUUCUUCUUGUUACGGUUAUUUAUAACUCUU